CAUUAGGACAUUUGCAUUGUGAAAAUCGUGAUCACCACGAUUCGAUUUUAAAAACCUUUGACAAAAUUUAAUUUUCAUCGAAAUGUAUGCGAAAUCUAUACCAAAAGAUCAAUCGACCAUUUCAGAUGAAGAAUUUUUUUCAUUUCCUGAUAAGCCUAAAUUGGUGCAUGGAGGAAAUUACAUCAAGGAAGGUCGGGAUUCUGCAAAAAGUACUUGCCUGAUAUUCUCACCUAAAGAAGAGGAUUCAGUUGGAGCAUUGGCCAAAUAUCUCAAACUUUUUACAGAAUAUGAAGUUAAUCUGUUGCAUAUCGAAUCUAGAAGUUCCCUUCGCCAGCCUAAUGUGUACGAGUUUAUGGUAGAGUGUGCGCCAGAUGGAGACCUUGGAUCGGUGAUCGAGAAGCUUCGAGAGCAAUGUAGUUACUUCUCGAUCAUUUCAAGAAAUCAUAACGAUAAUAUGGGAACUGUACCAUGGUUUCCACGAAGGAUAAGGGAUUUGGACAAAUUUGCGAAUCAAAUUCUCUCCUAUGGAGCGGAAUUGGACAGCGAUCAUCCUGGAUUCACGGAUCCGGUUUAUCGACAACGGCGUAAAUACUUUGCCGACAUUGCUUACAAUUAUAAACAUGGCCAACCAAUACCAAGAGUAGAAUACACGAAAGAAGAGAUCGAGACGUGGGGUACGGUGUUUAGAAACUUAACAAAGCUUUAUCCCAAGUAUGCCUGCAAAGAGCAUAAUCACGUGUUCCCUCUUCUGAUUGAGAAUUGUGGCUAUAGAGAGGACAAUAUUCCUCAAUUAGAAGACAUAUCAAACUUUUUGAAAGACUGUACCGGCUUCACUCUCAGACCAGUUGCUGGUCUCCUUUCUUCGCGAGAUUUUCUUGCUGGUCUGGCUUUUCGAGUAUUUCAUUCCACGCAAUACAUUAGGCACAGCAGUAAGCCAUUAUACACACCUGAACCAGAUAUAUGCCACGAAGUAUUAGGUCACGUGCCUCUCUUUGCCGAUCCAUCGUUUGCGCAAUUUUGUCAAGUGGUUGGAUUGGCUUCUCUCGGUGCUCCUGAUGAAUACAUCGAAAAAUUAGCCACGUGCUUCUGGUUCACGGUGGAAUACGGUCUAUGCCGGCAAAAUGGUGAAUUGAAAGCAUAUGGUGCUGGAUUACUUUCGUCUUUUGGUGAACUCGAGUAUUGUUUGAGCGGUAAACCAGAAUUACGACCAUUCGAGCCGGCGAACACAGCUUUGCAAAAAUAUCCAAUAACCGAAUAUCAACCUGUCUAUUUCGUCGCUGAAAAUUUCGAAGAUGCUAAACAGAAAAUGAUAAAAUUCACUGAGACUAUACCAAAAUCAUUUGCGGUAAGAUAUGACUCGUACACUCAAAGCAUUAAUAUAAUCGAUAGCAAAAAUCAAAUUGAGAGCCUCGUGUACAACGUGAAUCAAGAAGUACAAAUUUUGAUGGAUGCUUUGAGAAAAUUUAAGCAAUAAUUUUUAUAUGUUAUUUUAUCGAUUAUUCACGUCAUAUUAAUGUAUUACGUAGGAUAUUAUUAUAACAUAACUUAGAAGAAGUUGAGUUAGAAGUUGUUUAAUGAGUAUAAUAAGUACUUAACAAUUUUUAAAAGAAACAAUAAGAAAAGAAAUGUUUUUAUAUGUUAAAUAAUAAAUAAUAAAUUAGUUUUCAUGAUUAAUUUCUAUAUUAUAUUUGUGAUUUAUAUAAUUGAUUAAUU